AUGCGUUUAGGGUUUAUCCCCAUACCCAUCGCUCCCGUUGCUCUCAGUCGCUUUUUUUCUCUCGCCCAUUCUCUCGCACAGCAGCCCAGCCUCCCGCUCCGUUCCCCUUCUCCCCCGUUGCCCACACCCCAUAUCACACCGCACCGCACUCCACCCCUCUCCGCCCUUCCAGCGUCUUUCUCCGCCCCUCGGGCCAGCCUGGAUCCAGCGUCCGGUUACGCAUGGGUGCAGAUUUCUCACCGCCUCUUCCUCUGGAGCUACGUCUCCGCCCGGAUCCCCUCUCGCUGUCUCGUUCUCAACCUCCCCCGCUCCGCCCUUCCCGGCGGCGCUGAUUUCGCCGCUGCUGGUGGCGGGGUGGGGAGCGGUGGAGGAGGGAGGGUGAGGGGUACUGAUGGGCAUACGUGGCUGGUCGGUCUUGUGCCUGUGUUUGCGGGGAGAGGAGAGGCGGAGGCGGAGGGGAAGGGGGAGGGGGAGGAGGAGGAGGAGCAGCAGGAGGAGGAUGCUGAGAUGACUGGGGGCAAGAGCACGGAUGUAGCAAUGGGUAUGGCUGUUGAUGCUGGUGCGGGUGAUAAGCAAAGCAGCGGCAGGAGUGAGGGCUCGUCUGAUUCUCAUUCCUUUCCUAAGCUGGUUGCGUUGCGUGUGGUUGCUUGUUGCCGCCGCGUCAUGUACGUCGCGUACUGGCCUAACGUCCUCUCUCCUGCCGCUACUGCCACUGCUGCCGCUGCUGCUGGUGGCAAAGUUAUUGGCAGUGGUAGUGCGGCGGCUCCUCUUGAGCCGAUUAUAGGGAAGGCGCCGGAAGGGUGGGGGAUGGGGCACGUGGGGAGAAAGGCUGGGGGCUUUGGGUCGUCCGCGAGAGGUAAGGACGUGGUUACGAGCUUGGCCGUGGUGGGAGGGGCGGGGGGGAAGGGCAGUGGGAGACUUGCGGCAGGGAGAGAGGGAGAAGGUGAAUUGCGAGGGCAAGGGCAGCAGCAGCAGCAGCAGCAGCAGGUACAGCAGCAGGGACAUGCAGUUGUUGAGUGUGUUGCCGUUCUGGGGUGCAGCAACGGCGAUCUUUGGCGUGUGGAAUGCACCUCGUCUUCUUCUCCCACCGCCCCCUCCGCUCCCACUGUCCCUACUGCUUCCACUUCCUCCUCUGCGGCCGCUGACCGCCCUCACGUAGCUUUCUCUCGCUUGGACAGAGGCGCGCAACCAGGUGGCGCCAGCGUGGCAGCAGUACAGUCGCUGACGGUGGUGCCAGCAGUGAGGGGAAGAGGGAGGGUUGGAAGGGGUCCUGGGGGAGAGAAUUGCAGAGGGACGAAAGGGCAAUCGGGGACGGGUGGUGAUGCUGGUGCUGGUGCUGGUGCUGGUGCGACUGGUGAUGGUGAGGGUAAAGGGACUGGGAGUGAUGUGGGUGGUGGUGUGAGGAGGUCGAAACGGCUGUCUAAGGUGGUGGGGAAGGCGCAGGCGCAGCAGCAUGAGGAGGAAGGAGAGGGGAUGGAUACAGAUACAGGUGCAGGAGGAGAAGGCAUUGGUGGGGGCAGUGAAACGGCUAAGAGUUUUGACGUGCUGCUGCUAACCGCGAUAGGGUUAGAGCUCUGGCAGAUCUCCCAGGAGCCAGGAGGGAAGGGCUGGCUGAUCUGGGCCGUUGAUCUGCUCUCGGACCCCGACUUGCAGAGGGCUCUGAUUGGCCAGAAACGCACGUGGCUUCUGGACGUCCAGGUGGCACCAGAGGCGACAGUAUCAUUCUCUCUUCCGCAGCAGCAUCCCUCUCUCGCCCCUCCUCCUCUGCCUCCUCCGUCCCCUUCCCCCAGUCAACCCCCUACCCCGUUUUCGGCGCAGGGGAAGGGUGGGCGGCAGAGAGGAGCAGGGGAGGGUAGAGGGGCGGAGACUCCUGGGGGGGUAAUGACCCGUAGAAUGGCUGCUAAAGCACGGGCGGAGAGAUUGGGGGGAGAGGGGGCUGGAGCGGGGAAGAAGGAGGAGAAGCAGCAGCAGCAGCAGCAGCAGCAGCAGCAGCAGCAGCAGGAUGGCAUAGGGGACGGGAAGGGGGUAGCGGCGGAGGAUGAGGAGAAAGGGGAGGAGGAGAAGGGAGGGAGGGGAGGAGGAGAGAGUGGAGUAGACGUGGUGGUGCUAGCAGCUGUUCUCGUGAAAGACAGGAGCGUGGGGUUCGGCAGCUGCUUCAUGCAGUACUGGCUGCUACGAUUCGGCAUCGUGCCUUCAUCCGCCCCUGCCCACUGCCUGCCGUGCAACCCUCGCCCCCUCUGCGAGCCCCCGCCGUCCACUGCUUUUGCUGCCCCUGGAAACACCCCCUCCAGUAUCUCCGCUCCUCAACUGCCCUGGUCGCCAGGCGCACAGACCGGAGCACCAGCAGAGGCAGGAGCAGCGGCAGGAGGAGGAGGAGGGGGAGAAGGAGGAGCAGGGUCGCAAGCAGAGUUUCGGCUAAGGUUGAAGCAGCUGCCUCUGCUGGUGGUGCCUCGAGCGAAGGUGGAGGAGGAGGAGGCUAUGUGCGCACUCUCCCUGCGUCUAGGAGGCCGGCCGAAAGGCUCUGUGCUGAUUCUCUCUGGGGAUGGGGCAGCCACGCUGGUGCAUCUGCAGGAGGGCGCGAGGGGGAGGCAGGAAGCGCGUGGGGCGGGGUAUGGGGAUGGGCGCGGGCAGGGGAAUGGGCAGGGGAAUGGCGUGGGGGUGGUGCAAAGGCAGCUGUAUCAGGUUGAUCCGAUGGGGUCUAUGGGGCGGGUUUUGGCUGCUGGGGUGUUCAGGAAGGGUAGAGGAGACUGGGAGGAGGAAGGGGAGGAGAAGGAGGAUGAGGAAGAGGGAGAGGGGAAGCAGCAGAAGCAGCAGCAGCCGGUGGGAGAUUGGAUUCUGCUGAUGGAGAGAGGAGGGGUGUGCGCAUUACCAGUGGCUGUGGCGGAAGGUAAGGGGGAGUUGGGGCUUCGACCAGGGGAGUUACGUGAGGGCGGAGGCGGAGGGGGGAGUGCUGGGGGGGGAUUGUACGAAGGCGGGAGGGGGAGCACCGGGGAGUUGGGUCGUUUGGAAGAAGAUGGGCGGGUGCGUGGCGCUGGUGGUGCGGAGGGGGGAGACCAAGGCAUGGACGAAGUAGGAAUGGAGGGGAGGAGAGGUAUGGACGGGCAGGAGGGAGGGGCGGGGGAGAGGAAGGAGAGGGAGGAGAGGGAGGAAGAGCAGGACGAGGAGGAGGAGGGAGAGGAGGAGGAGGCGUGGGAGGAGGGCGGGCCGGCAGUGCUUGUGAGUAGUCUCUUUGACGAAUUCCUGUCUGCUGCUGCUGCGGGAUCAGGUGGGAUAGAGGCCAGCAUUGCUGCUGCAGCGGAUGCUGGAGCAACGGGAAUCACAGGAUCAGGCGGAGGAGGAGGAAGUGGGAGAGGAGGAGUGACAGGAGGCGAAUCCGGAUCGUUGAUUCUCCAGCGUUUGCUGCAAGCAGGCGCGUUCGAGGCAGAGGGCGAGGCCAGUCCAUUUGUGCGCUGCAGCCUCUCUAUCAUCGACGCUCUCACAAAGCACUGGGGAGCGGACGAUCCUCCCACCACCACCACCACCACCACCACCACCACCACCACCACCACUAGUUCUACCCCUGGCGGUGGCGGGGGUACGGGGCGAGGAGUAGACAGAGGAGUGGCAGGAGUAGCACGUGACGUGGGGGCGGCAGGGGGAGGGUUUUCGUUGUCUGGGAAGCUGGGGGUGAAGCAGUGGCAGCACGAUCGGUUUCUGGAGUUCCUGCAGGUGUCGGGCGCACAGCAGGAGCUCGCAGUCAGGCAGCCCCUGGCCCUGCAACUGAUUCUGGAGCAUGGAGAGCGGCUGGCGUCUGUGGCUCAUCUCAGGACCCUGCACUCUUCUCUUGCCGCCACCGCCUCUAACCUGCAACAGCAGCUGCAGCAGCUGCAGCAGCAGCAGCAGUCACAGCAGAACCAGCCGCAGCAGCAGCAACAGCAGAGGCAGAAGCAGGGUUCCCCGUCCCCCUUCGCCUCCCCGUACCUGCGGUCCCCAGCACCCAGAGCUGCCGCCUCACCCUUGCACCACCACAACACUCCUAUGUCACCAUCUGCGGCAGCUGCUGCCACUGCACAAGCAGCAGAAAGGUACGAAGAAUCAGAGGAGGAAGAUGCACGGAUGGAGAGAGAGAGGGAGGCAGCAGAGGUGGCUUCAACGUCGCUGUGGCGAGCAGUGCAGGACGCAGGGGAUAGGAUCCGGCAAGGGAGUGUGUUUCUGUUGGAGAGGGACCGGAGCCAGGUGUUUUUCGCCCGUGUUUCGGAAGCUGGACCGGAGUUUUUCUCGGCGCUUGCUGCUGCGUUUUCUGAUGCGGCUGGUGCGGUGGAGAGAGUGAGGAAGGAGGAGGCGUGGGUUGCGGGUACUCGUGCUGCUGCUGCCUCUGCGGCCACCGCCGCCACUCCCGGUUUUGAUGGUGUGACAUGGUCGGGGAAGAAAGCUUCUCUGUUCACACCAGGAAAGCUUCAAGACGGUCAGGAGGGCGUUAGAACCGGUGCUGAUGAAGCAGGAGGAGCAGGAGCAGGAGCAGGAGCAGCAGCAGCAGCAGCAGCAGCUUCUCCUUUUGUGCCUGCUUACCUCACUACCCCUGCCCCUGGAACACCUAUCUUCCCUUCUGCCUCUCAAUUCUCCACUCCCUCGCACUUCUCUACUCCUGCUGCUACAGCCGUUACGGCCGCGAUAGCUGCUACAGCUGCUACAGCUGGCACAGCUCCUGCUGCUACAGGCUUAGGCGCAUCUGCAUCUGCAUCUGCUACAGCAGCAGCAGCAGCCCGUAGGCACCUAGCUCGGGCAGCCACCCUUGUCGAAGCAGCAGUGGGCAGCCUCGGCGCGGCGGAUCGCUACCGAACCGACAAGGCUCGGUGGUACCCGGACGUGGGGCGGCUGGCUGGGUCGGACCUAGGGGGGGUGCGCAGGGGGAAGGGGCGAGGGAGAAAACGGAGAGCAGGGGGAGGAACGGGGGAUGUGUGGCAGUGGGUGGAGCGGUGGGAGCCGUGGGCAUGCAGUGCUGCUGUUAGGGCUGCGCUGUGGUCUCUGCUGGCUACGCUUAUUCAGCUCGAGGCCACAGCAGCAUGGGACAAGGAGCAGGCCUCUCUCCUGCACCGCCUCUCGCUCGCCCUCUCCUCGCUGCUGCUCUCAGCCUUCGCCGCUGCAUUGGAAGCCAGGGACGUGGCGGGCAGGGGCGAGCAGGAGGGCGAGCAGGAGCAGCAGGAGCGGCAGGCGCUAGAGAGAGAAUUCUUCUGGAAGCGGGACUUUCUGCUCUCUGUGCUUGUUCAGCGGGCGAUUGCAGCAGCAGAGGUGUCAGAUGUAUGUGUGGUGUGGUUUUGUGGGUUUUGCUGGGUGAUUUUUGAGUCGCCUCAAGUCAGUGUGCUUGUGCAGCGGGCGAUUGCAGCAGCAGAGGCGUCGGAUGACCCCGCGGCCUCGCUGCGAGCCGCCCUAGCAGCUCCAUUUGCCCUGGCUCGGCAGCACUGCAGCUAUGCCACGCUCUUCCAUGUCUGCCGCUACCUGCAGGACGUGUCGCUGCUUGAAGCCCUCAUGAGGGACAUCCCAUCGGGUCCCGAGGGACGCUUCACCUUCUUUGUCUUCUCACAGUUCACAGCAGCGGGGGACGUUGCCGGCAUGAUGCGCUUUGGCCCCGCCUUCCCCUCCGAGCUCGAGUCCUUCCUCGAGGACCACAAGCACCUGCAGUGGCUGCACGACCUUCUUUUGGGUAACUUCCCCAAGGCCGCUUCUACCCUGCACGCGCUCGCCUCCUCCUUCCCAGCCGCGCAAUCCAUGAUGGAGCAAGAAGCUCAGCGGCAGGCCAAGCACGGGAAAGCCGGGAAGAAUCGGAGAAAGGAGCAGGGAGGGGACGAGGGAAUGGAAGGCAUGGAAGGGGGGGUUGCGGCUAUGGGGUUGAGUGUGCUAAGGAGGAGGAAGAAGCUGCUGCAGCUUGCGAAACUUUCCUUCCUGGCCAGUGCUUCAGACCCGUCGUCCCUCACGUCGCGAGCCACUGUCCUCUCUGCUGACAUUGAGCUGCGGCUGCUCAAGAUUCAGGAGGCCGCCAUGUCGGAGGGCCUAGCAGGCCCAGGCCCCAUAGGCGCAUUGGAGCUCGCAGCAGCACUGCUCCCAGGCCCUCGCCCCCUUCUCCUGCUCUCCUUUGAGGUGUUUGCUCUUGUCGGCCCCUCGCCCUUCCUCCACCCGCCUCCCCCUUUGGAUCCUCUCGCUGGCCUUGCCUCUGAUGCUGCUCCUGCGGAUUCUGCUGCUGCUGGUACUGGCAGCGGCGGUGGCGGUGGUGGUGGUGGUGAUGGUGACGGUGGGAGUUUCGGGUCGGCGAAGUGGCAGAGGGAGCAGCGGAAGGAGGCGGUGCGAGUGCUGAAGCGAGCAUGGCUGGCAGCAGCAGAGGCGGACGACUGGGUGGAGAUGAGACAGAGGAGCGAGGACGAGGGAUGGACGGACUCCCAGUUUGUUACCGCUCUUCGCAGCUCUGUGCUCUGCAUUGCAGCGCAAUUACUCUACGGCCUCGAGUACUGGGCAAUUGUGGAGGGAGAGGUGGGGCUAUGA